GAUAGAACCAGAUACAAUGACUGACUUAAUUUGUCAUUCAUAACUGCUUAAAGCUAUGUUUCUACUUUUUACAUGUUUUCUUUGGCAAUAGUUUUCCUAUGCAACUGUUGGUGACUAUCAUAACUAGCAAGAUUAUUCCUCGCAGGUUGAUCUCGUAAAGGAUUUCAAUUUAAACAUCUAGUAUCACAUUUUGCUUUCCAACAGAUAUAAGAAGACGUGUUAAGAUAAGUGGUUGUUUAUUUAUUAUCUCUAAAAUAUAACCAAGAAAAAAAAAACAUGAAAACAGAAUACUUGUCAGACGACCUUUUGGACGAGGGCUAUUUAAAACUGUUUGCGCCUUUUCGUUUUUGUCAAUUAUUUUUUGGCUCCUGUAGAAUAGAUGCAAGAGAUAGAUUUGUUACAGCGCCGACAUGGGGUCAAAAAGCUUACACAGUCAUAAUUCUAAUCCUAGCCGCAGCUUUGCACGUAUACGUAAUAUCUUAUAAUAUCUCAAAACUUUAUGAGUAUCAAAUAAUAUAUAAUAUUUGCGUCUUAUUUUCGACCCUGAAUUUCAUUAUGUACGCUUUGAAUAUUAUCCAUGUUAGAUUUAUGAACAAUGAGAAUAAUGUAAAAUUCUAUAUUCAGACACAAAAAGCAGAUCGCAAAUUGAAAAUUUCUGGUAAUAAUCCCUGCAAUAUGGUUUUAUACUAUAUAAAUCUUUGCUCAGUAGGAUUUCUAAUUGUCUUGACUUUAAUUGUACUUUCUGUGGUUUACAUAUACAGUAAAGAAUUAUUUGCUAGCUUUGCUGGUCUCUUGUUCUUACAGCUUACUAGCUUAAUGGAAUGGAUUUUUUGCUCUAACAUUAUUAUAUAUUUUUGCCUUCGCCUCCGCUUUAUUAACGCCAUUAUGAGGAAUCAUUUGAAAGGCUUGCCCAAUGGGAGAGAAGUGAAUUCCAAGUUUUUCUUACCUACUAGAAAAAGUAUGCGUUGCGUAGUGGCUAAUAUGCACGAACUUAACAGCAGUGCAACUGAUGAAUAUUUAAAGGAUAUAUUUGAUGUAAUAUCACGAUUUCAAGAAUUAUUCAGGUUUCAGGUUUUACUGUUCUGUUUCAAAUUUGUUCUAACAGCUCUACUGGUUUUCGAAUUCAUUUUAUUGGCGAUGCAAAAUAAUAUUCUGCGUUGGUUAGAAUUUAUACUUCUUCCCUUCCAGACAGUCAUAGAUCUUAUGAUGAUAGUUGUAUUUUGUGUUCGCUGCGAGGCUUUCAGAAUAGAAAUUCAAGAUAUUAAGCGACUUUCUACUACGCUCUUGUCAAUAUAUCAAGAAGGGCCGAUACGAGAGAAGGCAAGGAAAAUGUUAAAAUUGAUAAAUGAAAAACCACCCCAUAUAUCGGUUUACGACAUGUGGAACAUGGACGCGUCAACGAUGCUGAACAUGAUCAACGUGGUCACAACGCUACUUGUCACGCUCUUGCAGUUUGCGCUUCUUUAAUUACAGACAUGGAGUUUAAAUUGCGUUUCACGUGUUAUUCUUUAUCUAUUAUUUAUAGAAAUAUUCUUGUAUUCAUUUAGAAGUAAAUUUAUCAAAUUUAUAUUACAGUUUUGAACAAAAGUGUGUACUUGAUAAUAAUAAAGUAGGUACUUGUAUUUUUAACAAUAACAGUGA